AUGGGUUUGCUAACUGAGGGAAGCCCUCUAUCAUGGGACGAAACGAAGGCAUUGGCAGAACACGUUCGUCAGCAUGGUAUAGAACAAUUUAUAAACUUAUACCGAAAACUUCGUGACCGUACUGGAGAUGUGCUGAAAUGGGGAGAUGAAGUGGAAUACAUCAUAGUAAAAUUUGAUGAUGAAAAUGAACGUGCUACAGUCAGUUUGAGAGCUGAUGAACUUUUACCGAAAUUACAAGAGAAGGAGCAUGCAGAUCCACAGAAUGUAAAAUCAUUAUGGCGUCCAGAAUAUGGGGCUUAUAUGAUUGAAGGUACUCCAGGAAAGCCUUAUGGUGGUUUAUUAGCACACUUCAACAUUGUGGAGGCUAACAUGCAAUAUCGUAGAGCAGAGGCCAGUAUGUUAUUGAAAAGUGGAGAAGUAAUAAUGAGCAUCACCAACUUUCCAAGAUUAGGAUGUCCAAACUUUACCAGUCCACCAUACAAACCAAACCCUAAAAAGGGAGUGACAUUAUCACAUUAUUUCCCAGAUGAAGCAAUUUUCCCAGGACAUCCUCGUUUUAAAACACUAACUUCAAAUAUUCGGAAAAGAAGAGGACAGAAAGUUGCUAUCAAUUUACCAAUAUUUAGGGAUGUAAAUACAAAAAUACCUGUGGACAAUUCACAUAUACUGGAACCAGGUGUAGCUGAACCUGAUUGUGUUUACAUGGAUGCUAUGGGCUUUGGUAUGGGAUGCUGUUGUUUGCAGCUCACUUUUCAAGCAUGUUGCAUUACAGAAGCACGCACACUCUACGAUCAGCUUGCACCAUUAUGUCCGAUUAUGCUUGCGCUGUCUGCCGCCUCGCCAAUCUACCGCGGCUUCUUAACUGACGUUGAUUGCCGCUGGAAUGUCAUCGCUGCGUCAGUAGAUUGCCGUACUAAGGAGGAACGUGGCCUCGAGGCACUCAAAACCAACAAGUUCCGUAUUCACAAGUCGAGAUAUGACUCCAUCGAUUCAUAUCUAUCACCGGAUCAUGAAAAGUACAAUGACAUUCCCAUAGUGCACGACCCAGCGAUCUACAGGCGGUUGCGCGAGGGUGGCAUUGACCAUCCAUUGGCGUUGCACGUCGCCCACCUUUUUAUACGCGAUACCGUUUCCCUCUUCACCGAGAAAGUCAACCAAGAUGAUGAAAAUGAUACCGAUCAUUUUGAAAACAUCCAGUCGACGAACUGGCAGACGAUGAGGUUCAAACCGCCUCCGCCCAACUCGUCGAUCGGCUGGCGCGUGGAGUUCCGCCCUUGCGAAGCACAACUCACUGACUUCGAAAACGCCGCAUACGUGUGUUUUGUUGUACUUCUCACGCGCGUCAUACUCUCUUACCGCCUCAACUUUGUCAUGCCGAUUAGCAAGGUGGACGAGAACAUGCAGCGUGCGCAACGCCGCGGCGCGUGCGCGACGCAGCGUUUUUGGUGGCGACGAGACGUGGGCGCGCCGGCCGACGUCGCCACGCAGGCCACUGACCAGCACGACAACUACGCCGAGAUGACCGUGGACGAGAUCGUCAACGGAAAGGAGGGCGUAUUCCCCGGGCUGAUCCCGCUGAUCGAAUCCUACUUGUCGGGAAUGGACGUGGACGCGGACACUCACUGCUCGGUGCAGCAGUACCUCAAGCUCAUUCAGCGUCGCGCCAGCAACGAGAUCUCCACCAUGGCCACCUGGAUGCGCGAGUUCGUCACUAACCACCCGCAGUACCAAAAAGAUUCCAUCGUAUCCGAGAAAAUUAACUACGACUUGCUGAAAACGGCACAUGGUAUUCAAACUGGCAAGAUUCCAGCGCCUACCCUACUUGGCAGUAGCAAUGUGUCCAAGACUAAUGAAGACAUUCCUAAAGCAUUUAGCAAAAUGAUGAGCAAAGAUUGUCCCUAG